AUGGUGAUCAAAUCAAAAAUAUAUGAAAUCCUCAAGCAAUACUUACUUCAUGCAAUUAACUUUUUCUGAUAUCGAAAAUCCCAGCUUAUAAAGAUUAUACAAUUUAUUUAUAAUUUUUUGGUUAAAUAAAUUUUUAAGAAAUAGUCAACAGAAAUUAUAUAAAAAUACUAUAUAAAAUAAACUUAUAAAAAAAUUUUUCUGGCGAUUUUUCAAAAUUAGGAAUUUUUGCUGUGUUUUACUUUGCGGAAAGCUAGGAGAUUAUCUCUAUGGAUUUCAAAGAGACCAGCUAGACGUCGCCCUCCUUUCUGGUCGCAUUGAUCUUGUCAAUGUGAAUUUCCGUCCAUCAAAAGUAAAUGACUUACUCCUUUCUCACGGCCUCCCAUUUCAUUUAAAAGCUGGAUUAAUAGGGAAGCUUCGCGUGAAAUUUCAUUACACCUCAAUAUUUUCCAACCCAAUCGUAAUUGAAAUCGAUGAUCUACUCCUAAUCUUCGGGCCUAUUUUAAGCGAGCCAUCAGAGCCCGCUCAUGACAGACUUGACACUUUUGUUUCUGAUGAAGAACUCUCACAAGAUGAUUUAUUUGAGUCUAUUCUGGACUAGUCUCUAUAAUAUUAAUAAUUUUAAUACCAAAACCUAUUUUUGUGUAAAAUUUAUAUAUACAUAAAAAUGGAGUGGCGAAUCAACCCGACCUCUUAACACCUGUAGCUGGGGUCACCCAGGGACCUUGUGGAAGGGAGGUUGGCGUUCGGUAAUGUGUAUCCGGCCAGGUUUUUACUUGGUUUGGGUGGAGCGCAAUGUCGGAUUAGGCCGACCGCAAGUUCACACCCAGGACCAAGGUUUUUUGCCUCUUGGGAAGAUGGGUUCGGCGUUGGAAAGGGAAAGCCCAGCAGAGUCGACAAGACCAAUCGGGCAAUUUCCUAGCGCGAUACCAGGCGUUGCGUCCUAGGCGACGGAUUCCAUCUUGGCCAGUAGCUUGACCAGAAAAUUCAUUUUUUUGAUUUUCUGGAGGGUAGCCCAAGUUGACGUACGGCACGGUGGCCCAGUCCACUGACUCGCCGUUAGACGCGAGCCUCAGGCGGCGAGGAGUCUACCCCUAGAGGGUGGCGGCAGGCGGCCAAGACGAAACAAGGUGGAGAUAAAGCGUUGCAUGACGCCAACAGGGAGCUUUUCGAUAAUCUAAUUAAGUAAGUAAGUAAGUGUAAAAUUUAUAUAUAAGUUUUUCAUUUUUUUACUUAUAAAGGAAAGAAGAAUAAUCAUACAGACUCUUCUGAUUGUGAUAAUUUAGGAUCUGAAGAAGAAGUCCCUGCAAUGCCUCAAGGCACUGAUGUGAGGAUGCUAAAACCUGCUCAGCCAGUUUAUUUUGAAAAUGAAGAAGACUCUGAAGUAUUCAAGAAGCCAAAAGUUGCUAAGAAAAUUGCAUUGCCAGAAGAAGUGAAAAAAGCGCCAGAUGCAGCAUUUUUCCAAAAACCACAAGAAAAAAAAGCCCCAGAAGCAGCUUAUUUUCCAAAACCGCAAGAAAAAAAAGGCCCGGUCCAAGCAAAACAAGGAGCUCAAGAGCAAAGACCAGGAAAAUCAAACCAUCAACAAAACAUAUCCAAAACCCAGCCGAGCCAAGGAAAAGAGGCUCUUCCACCUCCUCCUUUACAGCCAGAGCAUAGAGAAGAAGGCUUAAUUGAGCGAUACUUUUCAAAAGUUCUAAUGAACCUUACCUUAAUUGUCCAUCGAGUCCAUAUCCGGUAUGAAGACGAAACUUACCCUUACAAUCAUCCCUUCGCCUUCGGGAUUUCAUUAGACAACAUGGAGGUAAAAACAGCAAGCCAGGAAUGAAUUUUUGAUGAGAAACAAGAAAUAAAGAAAAAAACUGCAAGAAAAAAUACCACAAUUAAAGAAUGCAAGCUGGAAAGAUUUGCAAUUUAUAUGAACUCAAUGGCUGGGAUGCUGAUUCCGACUUCUUUAUGGGAAGCGACUUUGCAUUCACAAAUAGGAAUUUUUGAGGCGCUGCCAGCUUAUGAAGUUAGAGACUUAAUAUUUUUUUUUGAAAAAAAUAAGCCUAGAUACAUAAAGAGAUAUUAAAUUAAUUUUUUAUAAAAAUUAAGAAAAUGCUGGUAAUUAUUAAUUGAGGAUUCUCUUUUAAUAAGCAUAUUACAAGAAGGCGAAAUUUUAAGCAACCAUCCGACUGCAGCUUUGCUUUCUCCAGUGAAUGGCAGCUUAUGCAUCACCAUUGCUCAAGAAGCCCCAAAAUUGAAGAUUUCAGGCAUUUUUGAAAAAAUCACUAUGAGAUUUUCUUCAGCGAUGGCUGAAUCAAUUAGGAAUUUUUUUGAGUAUUUCACCAAUGUACAACUCUGAUGGAGUAUUAAGAGAUAUAGGCCAAGCGAAAGAAUUAUAACAGCUCCAAGGACAGAUUUUGAACAGAGGCAUUUAAUUAUAAAGCGAAGCACCAUUAUCAAAAAAUGGUUCCAAUAUGCAUUCAGAUUUAUCAGAGCGAAAAGAAAAUUAAUUAAAUAUAUAAGAGCUAGAAGAAAAGAAGAAGAAAAAGAAAGAGAGCGCGAAGAACUAAUUAGGCAAAAAACCAUGCCAAGGAGAACAGAAGCAAAAACCCCUACACCACCUCCUAUUCAUAUUCAAGAACCAGCUCCUUCUAGCCACAAUAACACCCAAAAAGUAAGUUUUCUUUCAAAUAUCCCUAGCACCCCACAAAGGGAAAACAAAGUCCUAUCUUUCCUUGGCAUUGGGAAACCAAGACAAGUCCCAGGCGUCGCAAAUACUGAUCUAAGUACCCUAGUAAAAGAAUAUAACAUAAAACUUCUCAAUACAAGCGCAACUAGUGCUACACAAAAUACACCUAAAAAGAAAAUUGCAGAGCCCCAAAUCAAAAAACAAUCCCCAAAAGAAAAUAUAGUUGAGCCGAAAGCGCCACAAAUGAAAGAAAAUUUUGGCGAAAAAUAUUUUCCAUCUGCUUUUGAAAAUUCAGAAAUUGAUAUAAAGAGUUCUGGAGGAGUUUUUGUGAUGCUUGACGAUGAAACUAUGAUUGAAUGGGAAACUGGUGUGGAGGAGAUAUUUUUAAGCUUCAGAAUUAUGGUAAAUACGAUGACUGGGGCAAUUAUAGUGGUGGCAGAAAUUUAUAUGAGAAAAUUUAUGCAAAAAUUUUAAUUUAAUAAAAAAUAAAAAAAAAUUCCCCAAUUUUAGCAACAAAAAUACAUUCAGGGCUUCGUGACGAAAAUGGACAAUACAGCUUUUUAGAUCUAGGCAAGCUAGGAGAGUCUAAAACUGAAAUGGUCAGAGAUGGGCUUUUUAAAACUCUAAAACGACAAGUAAUUGAAACUCCUAAAGAAAAAGCCCUCGAUUUUACCUUUGUGUACCGUCCUGGUGAGGUGAAAUAUUUUGGAGAGUCUCACCCUCAUUUCAAUAAAUAUGAAAUCAAAGGAAAAAUCGCCCCGGCGAAGCUUGAAUAUAAGCACAUGUUUUUAACCCAUAUUUUAGCAUUAUAUGAGUCAUUCCAGCUUGACAAAGCCCAUAGAGCUAACCUUGAUAUGAAUUAUAUAAAAAAAUUAGAGCUCAAAAGAAAAUCCACUUUAGGUUUUAGAGAAAAAUUCAUUAAAAAACAGAAAGAAGUCGCUCAUUCUGCUGCGCUUAAAAAAUUUGUGCUUACAAGAAAGCUUGUAAAAAGUCUGGUGAAAUUCCAGUCAGAAUUAAAAAAAAAUUUAAAGAAAAUUGAUGCAAAAAUUUUGCCUAUUUCUUUUGAUUGGAAUGUAUAAGUAAUUAUAACACAAAAGGCUUUUAAUAUUUAAAUAUAUAUAUUAAUAAUAAUCAUUAUAAAUGAAAAUAGAGCUUGGAGGGCUUAAUUUAGCCUUUUAUGAUGGCAGAGCACUUCCCUGCUCAGAAUUUUUCUUAAAUAAAGGAACAAUAGAAAUAGUGAAAACUGAAGACCAAAUUAAAGCUUGUGCAUGGGGGAUUGGAGCAGUCGCAAGAGAUUCCCUUGAAAAUCUGCACGACUAUUAUGAAGGGAUCUCCAGCAUUGUUGGUGAUAAACUGAAAGAACUUAAAGCCACUAUUGAAUCUUUAAAGAUUUAUGAAUAA